AUGUCGGGCCCGGGGCCGCGGGAGCCGCCGCCUGAGGCGGGCGCGACGGGCGGCGAGGCGGGCCCCGAGGGCGCGGGCGGCGGGGACGCGGCGCUGGGCGAGCCGGGACUGAGCUUCACGACCACCGACCUGAGUCUGGUGGAGAUGACGGAAGUGGAGUACACGCAGCUGCAGCACAUCCUCUACUCGCACAUGGAGGCGGCGGACGGCGAGCUCGAGGCACGCCUGGGCUCCGCGCUGCUAGCCGGCCCGGGCGCGGGCUCGGGCGCGGCGGGCUCGCUGGCGCCGGCGCCGCCCGUGUACCCAGUGCUCUGCCCGCCGCUGGCGGCCGACGCGCCGUGCCUGGGCCACGUCGACUUCCAGGAGCUGCGCAUGAUGCUGCUGGGCGAGGCGGGCGCCGCUGAGAAGACGCCCGGCGGCGCGGACGGGACGCGGACGCGGACGGACGGCGCGGUCAAGGAGGGCGCGGGCGGCGCGGGGCCCGACGGCGCGCCCGAGGCCCGGGCCAAGCCGACCGUCCGCGUCCGCCUGGAGGACCGCUUCAACAGCAUGCCAGCCGAGCCGCCUGCGCCUCGCGGUGCCGAGCCCGGCGAAUCGGGCGUGGCGCUCAACAAUUUGGUAACUCUUAUUCGGCAUCCAUCUGAAUUAAUGAAUGUUCCUCUUCACCAGCAACAAAACAAAUGUACGACCUUAGUGAAAAAUAAAACUGCUGCUGCCACUACUGCUUUGCAGUUCACCUACCCGCUGUUUACAAGUGCCUGCUCCACUGGUGGGAAUCCCAGCCUUGCACAGACACAGAGUUCUAGUAAUUCAUGUUCUAUACUGGAAGCUGCCAAGCACCAGGAUAUUGGAUUGCCUAGAGCAUUUUCUUUCUGUUACCAGCAAGAGAUUGAGUCCACCAAACAGACAGGUGGUAGUAGAAACAAAGCCUUGCCCGAGCAGGUUUGGAUUAAGGUGGGAGAAGAAGCGCUAUGUAAACAAGCAAUCAAUAAGAGGAAUCGGAGUAGAAUCCGCCAGUUGGACACAAGUGUGGAGCGAAGAGCCCUCGGAGAGAUUCAGAAUGUGGGUGACGGCUCUACAGCUUCCCAGGGCACCUGGCAGUCUUCUGAGUCCUCACAGUCAAACCUGGGGGAGCAGACGCAAAGCGGACCCCAGGGAGGAAGGUCUCAGCGUCGGGAGAGGCAUAACCGAAUGGAAAGAGAUAGAAGGCGCAGAAUCCGCAUUUGCUGUGAUGAGCUGAAUCUUUUAGUUCCGUUCUGCAAUGCGGAGACAGAUAAAGCAACAACCCUUCAGUGGACCACAGCGUUCCUGAAGUACAUUCAGGAAAGACAUGGGGAUUCUCUUAAAAAGGAAUUUGAGAGCGUGUUUUGCGGUAAGACUGGCAGAAGGCUAAAGCUGACCAGACCCGAAUCCCUGGUGACCUGCCCUGCACAGGGCAGUCUGCAGAGCAGCCCCGCCAUGGAGAUCAAGUGACUGGACUGACCCAAGACCUGGGAGAGAACUGCCGUUCUUUCGGCAUCGUACACAUGCCUGCCAUCCCAGAGCUCAGCUCUGAGUCCUCGAGAGGGAUGUGGCUCCAGUUGGUGGGACUCCAGGAAGGACUUUGAGAGCACAUUUUGUGAAAAUAUUAUUUAAACAAAAUACCCACUAUGUCCGGAUGAACAUUUGAGGAUGAAGACAUCUUGAUAAUUAGUAAUUUUUCAAUUACCUUUCCAACACCAUCAUGUGUUCUUAACAUGAUAACAUAAAAAAAAAUUAACAUCCUUGGUAAUUU